AUGACGUCGUCGACGACUUCAUCCACCGUAUCGCACAGCGUGCCGUCCCUGCCAUUCGCCAGUAAACUAAGUGAACAGUUAUUGCAACGGAAGGAACAAGGUGAAUCUGCAACCGAUACUGAAUCUUCAGGAAAAUCUACUUCACUUGGGCCCCCAUUGCGUCCUUCGCCGAAGUCACGGUCGCUGUCCGACGCGCCAAAACCUCUAUCUGCACGUUCCACCUCCGAAGAACACCGGCCGUCGAGUAAAGAUGAUAACUCUCUUUCAUCUACACCAGAAACACCUCAUCGGCCUUUUAUGCAAGGCUUACCCCUAAACUUGCCUUCAAAGCCAUCCGGAUCCUCGUCCUUAUCUAGCCGUGCUCCACUCUCCCCGAAGCUUGAUUCGUCCCAGAUCUACGGUUCCCCAGGCUCUGUUCUUCCUCGACGCUCCCGUGGCCUCGACUUUUCUCGAGCCUGUACCAACCUUCAUCAUUCUACACUUGCCGAAUCAUCGCCUGAUUCUUCACCAACGAUUGGUGGACGGGGAAUGACAAUCCCCCAACGUCGUGGUUCUAUGGGAUCGACUUCAGUACCUCCGUUUUCUACAUCUGGGCCAGCGGAUAGAACGGCAAUUUCAAGCUCUGUAUCAAGUGUGAACAUGAUGGAAUCAGAUACCAGCAGCAGCGAGGAAGAUGACGAACCGAUGAUUGGCGAUAGGGACGACAUGAUAAUGAACACACCCCAAGCCAACAAGAUGAAUCAUUUUGCAGGGGGCAAUGUGCCCAGCCCGGGUAACGAUUGGAUGGGCGGGUAUUCGCAAGCAGCAGCAAGUCUCAUGAGCUUUCAACGGGCCAGGUUUCGCAAAGGACGUAGUAGACAUAGCUCUAGCAGUGCCAGCGGAAACAGUUCGAAACCCAGCCCUGGCCCGCUGUCUCCACCGGUGAUGAAGAGCAUUGAGAAUCAGAAUGGUUACUUUGGCUCACGGUCUAGCUUGAGUGCGCGGCGUGAAAGCUUGAGCUUGGGUACUCGUGAUCUUCGUCUCUCAGAUUUGAGUGAUGAAGGGGAAAACCGGGGUAACAGCCCAGGUACUUCGAACUCCGAUGGCGGGCCCUUGGGUGUUAUUCGACGGGCUGUUACGCGUAGAAGCAGUUUGUUGCCAAAAACGAAGACCUUCGCACGUAUUCGAGCCGCAUUGAUGGAGGAAUCGGCCCCUAUCGACUGCGAAGCAAAGCGGGAAGCUGAGGUUAUUCGGCAGGUCCGGGAGAGCGAGCCAGAAAUUCCAGAGACGUCCCCCAGUUUGGAUGCCCUCUCGUCAAGUAAUCCCUUCCAGCCAACUGAUCUGAACCGGAAUCUGGAUGAAGUGCCGGCGAAAACUGGGACCUCUGUCUCCGAUGAGCCUAGCUUUAGCGAGGAAGCCCACCGAAAUUCUGCUGGUGCCGAGUUUUGGAAUUCUUUUGAUGAGCGCUAUCGUACGCCACCACCGCCGCCUUUACGUCAUAUGGGAACUUCGGUAUCUGAGGACGAUCUCUCCAUGGAUAUCACGCCAUCAACUACUGUGGGAUCGACUUCUGAGUUUGCAAAACCAAGCGAGAGGCCCAGCUCGCGCUGUUCGACGCCAAUCGCGACUCAGCCAAUCUCGAUAUUGGAAUUCAAACGGAAACGGCGCCGUGAGGACGACUUCGAUCCAAACCUGUUUAAGCGAAGGGCGGUAUCUCCGAGUAUGAGCGUCCAAAGUAGUCCAGUGAUGCCUAAUUCACCUGCCGUGAGGGAUACGGGCACCAGCAUUUGGGGCCCACCCAAAGCCAACAUCGGCUCUCUCUUCCCUGACCAGCCGAGCACUGAAAGCGGCACCCGUAAUCCAUCUACACCCAAGCAUACAGGCCAUCUGAAGCGAGUGGGUCUGCAAGGGAUGACUGAAACGAACGAUGGGCUCAUGAAUAUGAGCAUCGAGUGA